UUCAUAAACUUAGAAAAAGAAAGAGAAGUCAAAUCAGAAUUUAGAUUGAUAUUUGUAAACAAGAUUGUCAAUUGAAGGAGAAACUCGUGAAAUUCGUAAUAAUUCUUCUACCUACUGAAUCAUGUCUGAGUACUGGAAGUCAAACCCAAGGAAGUUUUGUGACUUCUGUAAAUGCUGGAUAGCAGACAACAAACCUAGUGUCGAAUUCCACGAGAGAGGAAAGCGGCACAAAGAAAAUGUGCAAAUACGGCUGGCCGAGAUGGGGAAAAAGGGACGGGAAGACUUUGAGGCCAAGCAAAAUGAAGUUGAUUUUCUCAAAUCAAUGGAAGAGGCAGCAUUGAAGGCAUACAAAAACGACAUUGAGCAGAAUCCCGACAUGACUGGAACCAAAAUAAGUGAAAUUGCCACAGCUAGUAAUGCAGAAAUUGUCAUCAAGAAUAAAAAGACAGAAUCAAAAAGCAGUGAUAAAAAAGAAUCAUCUGUAAUCAAGAACUGGUAUGAAGCAAAGUCACCAGAAGGUUACACUUAUUACUGGCACAUUGGAACAGGAGAAUCAAAAUGGGAGGCUCCAGAAGAAGGUUACUUAUCCAUAGAAGAACAGGAAAAAUUGAGCACCAAGAGUGGCAAGGGAUCAGAGAACACUACUUCAGCUUCCGCCUCUCUUCCUUGUGGUCCAGUUCAGAAAGCAGAAGCCUUUAGCUCGUGGAAAAGAGUUGAAAAGGAACCAGCUAAGCAGAUUGAUUACCAGUUACCAGAGCUACCUGAAAAUGAAUACUAUGGUCCAGAGCUUUCCUUCAAGCAACAGGAAUCAACCUUUAAGGAGAAGACCGUGACUCUCUCAGCAAAAGACAGAAGCAGUGGGGAAAACGUAGGAUUCAAGAAGAGGAGAGCAGCUGACGACAUGAAAAAGAAUAUGAGACGGAGAACAGAUGAUUUAUAGUUGCUUCUUCCACCCCCCCCCCCUCCCCUUUUUCUUUUCUUUUUCUCUCUCUUUCAUUUUAGUGAUUUUAUUGUAAUUUUUUUCCAUGCUGUUUGGUCAUUAGUGUGCUCUUUCUUUUUGUUUCUUCUAUCAUGCCUCUAUGCGAUUUUCCAUUUUUUCCAUUUAGUAUUUUCUCUUCAAUAUUCCCCUUCUUUUUCAGUUUCUCUCAGACUCUAUCUUUUAAUAAACUAGCCUAUUAUGCGAUGGUUAAAGAGAGACACAUUGUAAUUUUUAAUAAAAGCCUUAUUGAUAUU